AUGCCCGAAGUUGGAAUUUAUCCUUCGCAGGAAGUUAACGCUUUUGCUACUGGCCCCGCCGGCAAUACUUUAAUUGCUUUUUCCAGUGGCUUAAUUAAUAUUAUGAGCCUCGAGGAAAUUAGGGGAGUGUAUAAUAAUCAAGAGCAAGAGAAAACUAUUCGGGAAUUAGAGAAGAGUAUUAAAAACAUUAAUCAGGAGUUAAAAAUACCUGAGAAAACCGAUGACCCUAAACCAACUAAAAAUCCUCCUCCUGAGAAAAAAGAUAACCCUAAAGAGCCAAAUGAUAAGUCGCCAAGCGACACUCCUGACGAUAAAAAGGUCCCUGAACCUGACCCACAACCAGAUAAUAAUAAAGGAUGA